UAACUAUAACUGCGAACUGAAUAAAAACACAGACGGAGACGACUGUUGAUUAAUUUGUCACGUUGGUAGUUUUGUUUCAAAUCAAAUUAAACUUACAAUGAAGCCUCUUAUGCUUCAUGGCCACGAAAGAGCCAUCACUCAAAUCAAAUACAGCAGAGAAGGUGAUCUGUUGUUUUCUUGUUCCAAAGAUCCAACACCGAAUGUAUGGUACUCUAUCAACGGUGAGCGACUGGGUACUUUCGAUGGCCAUAACGGAGCAGUUUGGUGCAUCGAUGUCAACUGGGACUCAACCAAAGUUGUAACUGGUGCAGCUGAUGCUAAAUGUGGAUUCUGGGAUCUAGAAACUGGUGCUUGUUUGACGAUGAUUGACACCGACACAUCGGUUCGUACUUGCGGUUUCUCCUACUCCGGAAAGUUGUUGAUGUAUUCCACAGACAAAUCAAUGGGUAAACAAUGUGAAAUUAAAGUCGUCGAUAGUCUGGAUCCUUCUCAACAGAUCUUCUCAAUUCCAGUUCCAGGACCCAAAGUUACCAGCGCUGUUUGGGGUCCCUUAGAUGAAUAUUUACUGACAGGACUGGACAAUGGCGCUUUAGUCAAAUGGGACAUCAAGUCCUUGCAGAAGUUGGCUUCAAAACACGAACACAGGGAUGUUAUUAAUGACAUUCAGUACUACAAAGAUCAAACAAUGUUCAUCACUGCGUCUAAAGAUCAUACUGCUAAGCUGUUUGAUACUAAGACUAUGGAUUUGAUGAAAGUAUACAAGACGGAACGUCCGGUCAAUUCUGCUGCUAUUUCACCGAUUAGAGAUCAUGUUGUGUUGGGUGGUGGUCAAGAGGCCAUGGAUGUGACGACCACGUCCGCUAGAGUAGGCAAAUUCGAUGCCCGUUUCUUUCACUUAGUGUUUGAAGAAGAGUUUGCUAGGGUUAAAGAUCAUUUCGGUCCAAUUAACAGUGUGGCCUUCCAUCCGGACGGCAAGAGCUAUAGUAGUGGUGGUGAAGAUGGUUAUGUCAGAGUUCACGUGUUUGAUCCUCCUUAUUUUGACUUUGAUUUUGAAUAUUAAACUGGUACAAAAUAGGAUGUUACAUUAUAAAUUUCUUUUAUUUGUUGUACAAAUAAAUUCAUUCUUAAUUAUAAAAUAAAAGGUUAAAAAUGCA